AUGGCUAUCUCAUCAACCAAAUUACCAGCAUCCUUCAUCUUAGGAACCCGACCAAUUCACUCUACAAACCACCAAGUUUUAUUCCUUCAAAACCAUAGCUUGAAUUUAUCACCAUCACUUCACAACAAGACACUUUCCUUCACUGUCCAAGCACUCAAAACUCCUUCUGGUGUUGAAUUUCCAAAAGUACAGCCUAAGUUUAAACCACCAUUUCUAGGCUUUACAAAGACAGCAGAAAUAUGGAACUCCAGAGCAUGCAUGAUUGGACUCAUUGGAACUUUCAUUGUAGAGCUUAUAAUAAACAAGGGAAUACUUGAAGUGAUUGGAGUUGAGAUUGGAAAAGGCCUUGAUAUUCCUCUCUGA